AGUGGUUAAAUGUGUGUGUAAUUCGGUGUUAAGUUUAAGUAAUGUGUUUGAGUUCAAAAGUUUUUAACUAAGUAAAAAUGGAUGGAUCCAACAUGACGGCGAUUUACAACACCUCCUUGCUCCGCAUGCGUGAUACCACCACCAUCCCCACGGUGGUGGCGAUCAGAAACACCACGGUCAGGGUUGUGAACAACGCGUACGAGUGGCGGUUCAUACUGCCGCCGUACUUCCUGAUAUUCAUGCUGUCGAUAUGUGGCAACUGCUUGGUGAUAGCCACUUUGGCCAGCAAUCGGAGGAUGAGGACGAUCACAAACGUCUACUUGUUGAAUCUGGCUAUAUCCGAUUUCCUGCUUGGUGUGUUCUGCCUACCCUUCACGUUGGUCGGGCAGAUUUACAGGAGAUUCUUCUUUGGAGCUGUUCUCUGCAAAUUAAUACCAUUCUUACAAGCCGUAUCAGUGUCAGUGGACGUAUGGACCCUGGUCGCGAUAUCCCUCGAGCGGUACUUCGCGAUCUGCCGGCCCCUCAAGUCGAGGAAGUGGCAGACCCAGUGCCAUGCUUACAAGAUGAUAGCGAUGGUGUGGAUCCUGUCCAUCGCUCUCAACUCACCAAUCUUGAUCGUGUCGAACCUGCAGCCGAUGAGGGGGAAUGAAACCUUCAAAUGCCGCGAAGUAUGGAGCAGCCUGGAGCUGGAAAGGGCGUUCAAUCUUGGCCUGGAUGCUGGUCUGCUGCUGAUACCGUUCUUCAUCAUGUCCUUCGCCUACUCACUUAUCGUUACCAAGCUCUGGCGCGGCAUGAGGCAUGAGAUCCAACACAACUUCAACUGGCAGAAACAUUUGACACGACAAGGAAGCUGCAAAACGGGUCAUCUUAUACCAACCACUCCAAUUUUACAAGCGAACUCCACCGAGCUGUGUUGCAAAAACAACUGGGCUACGAAAAAGGAAAUGGACGACAAAUCUGACGUGGAGACGAAGAGCACCCAGUCGUACUGCAUGCACUCUGUGGAUCUGGAGUUCCGCCACGCCAUUCGGUCUACACACAUCGACAAGAGCAUCGAGGCCAAGAGAAAAGUAAUACGAAUGCUGUUCGUCAUAAUACUCGAAUUCUUCAUUUGUUGGACUCCACUGCACGUGAUAAACACAAUCUACUUAUUCUACCCUGAGGAAUUGUACCAGUACAUCGGCUCCAAGGGUGUGGUUCUGUUACAACUGCUGGCCUACUGCUCGUCCUGCUGCAACCCGAUCACAUACUGCUUCAUGAACCGCAAGUUCAGGCAGGCCUUCAUCACGCUCUUCAAGACCUGCAAACUGUUCAGGGGAUGUUUUUCUGAGAAGUCCGAGUGUAAGCAAGCCACUCCACCACCUUCAAGCCAGGACGUUACAGCCUGUAUAGUAAGGGGCAGCCACACUGGACGCACAGAGCUGGAUGGGCUGGAAGGAGAGGAUUGUGUUUAGCAGCGGCUCGCAAAGUACUGCUUUGGGAAGCAGCGGGCACCCCGCACUGCCGGCGCCCGUCGUGCUGCGCCCCGUUACACAGGUGAUAGAAACAGGCGAAGAAGGAAGCCAGUUCCUGUAUCGCAUCACCUGGGCGCGGGCCGGGACCAAAGGAACUACGCCGACACAACCACUCUAUGAGUGAAGUGUUUGGGACCAUAUUAGACUCACUUAAGAGCGCUGCAGGCAAAUACAUAGAAUAAUACCUUUGCGCUGUAAGCACUGCC